AUGAACGUUAACGUGAAGGUGAACGUGAAUGUUAACGUGAACAUGAACAUCAACUUGAAUGUCAACUUGAAUGUGAAUUUCAAUUUAAACAUCUGCAUGAAUGUCAAUAUCUAUGUGAAUGUAACUUUCAAUGUAAACGUCAAUGUUAACAUGAACGUCAACAUCAAAGUACAUAAGAAUGUUAACAUGAACAUCAACAUGAAUGUCAAUGUUAACGUGAAUGUGCAUGUAAACAUGAACGUCAACAUUAACAACAAAGUGAAUGUUAAUGUAAACAUCAGUAUGAACGUCAACUUAAGUGUUAGCAUGAACGUCAACGUAAAUGUCAAUAUGGACAUCAACGUGAACGUCAACGUAAAUGUCAACAUGAAUGUGAAAGUCAACGUGAACAUGAAUGUCAACAUGAAUGUGAAAGUCAACGUGAACAUGAAUGUCAACGUGAUCCUUAACGUCAACCUUAACAUCAACGUCAAAGUCAAAAUCAACGUAUAUGUAAAUGUCAACGUGAUUGUGAACUUUGAUGUCAAUAUGAACAUCAAUCUCAAUGUCAACGUAAUUGUGAACAUUAACGGCAAUGUCAAUAUUAACGUGAACGUCAAUGUAAAUGUGAACGUGAACGUGAAUUGUAACUUAAACAUUGACGUAAACAUGAAUAUCAAUGUUUAUGUAAACUAA